AUGGGGAUCGAUUCCAUUCCAACAGAGGUCCUGGACCUCAUUUUUGACUGCCUUGAAAAGGAAAAGCCUGACAAAAUGAAUCGAUACCGUCAUCUUGGAGCAGCGGUGAGGCCAGAAAGCCUCCGAAACGCCCGUCUAGUCUGUCGCCAAUGGAACGCUCUUGCAACAAAGCAUCUCUUCCGAACCAUCGCUCUCAUGCACAACGGAAACGACAAGGCAUUCGACACGUGGAAGCAAAUUGUCAACAGUCCGGCCGUACAGCAAGCUGCCCGUGAAGCCGAGAUUUACAGUGUCCGCCCGCCACCACGCAGCUAUUACCGCCAACUAGAGCGCGAUUAUGAAACAUGGUGUUCGUGGGACUCGGGAGACUGGCCCGAGUUCGUGACAGCGAUUCAAGGCCUCGGAAGCUUGCCCAACCUCCGGGCUGUCAACAUUCGCUUCACAGAAGGGUGUGAAGGCGUCGAGAAAAGCGGCUACCGUGAAGAAAUCGUGGAAACCUUUUCUACCCGGAUGCACACAAUUGAGAACGUGUUCAAAGCGAUCCAACGGCGGAAAUCCCGUGCCAACCAAGUCAUCACCCCCAUCACAUCUCUCACCAUCGAGAACCUGCAAAAUAUGCCGUUCACCGAGUUUUUGGAAACCGGCCUCUUCCGCUCGGUCAUCGAGGACAUCACAGAGCUGCGUCUUUUGGUCGCUCAGGAGGAUCACGACGACGGCCCCGACUACGACCUGUACUAUGACGAGCGUUUCACCUUUGAGCCCUGGCUUCAGGAGGAGUUCCUCCCCUGUUUCGCCAGCCGGCUCACAUCGCUCAACAUAACUUUCGGCGAGUGCUGGGGGGUUGCCCCCGGGUAUUUUGAUGGAAAGGGUCUGCAUUUCCCCAAUCUCAAAACGCUGAUAUUGGGGGAGUAUGUCAUUGGCCACCACGACCAGUUCGACUGGGUUCCAGCCCAAACUACGCUCGAAACACUUUGCCUGAACCGAUGUAUGAUUGUCUCGUACUUGGAAUACGCCAGCGACGACAUCGAGAAGUGGAACGACCUUACCACCCAUGACUGGAAGUUUGUCGCGGAUCGGGGAAGAGGUUGGACCCUUCGCCAGUUUGACGGUGCUUGGGAAGUGGUUUUUGAUGCCAUACGGAUAAGACUCCCCAAUCUUGUUCAAUUUCGUAUGGAGCAUGCAAAGUUGAAUGAUGUCGCCGGCCGAGGUUUACGCUCGGUAGAUGAUAUGGACUGCUGCCUCUCGGCAAAGAGAUAUGUCCGUUUCUCAUCUGGUACGAUCUCACCCUGGCAAGAAUCAGACAGCGAUGGCCACAUGGAUAUCGAGUUGGGGGGUGAGGACGAGGCGGAGUGUUCCGUAGUUAACCGGGCAAUGGAGACGCAGGAGGGAGACAUGAGGGCAUUCAAGGAGCUCCUUCAAGCAGUUGAAGAAAGGGCGAGGAGGCGGUUGCAAUGAAAUGAAACACGCAAAGGCGUUGGGUUAGCCUCGUGGUUAUCGUUGGUCUGAGCCUGAUGUUAUGGGAUGAUAUCCGGUUUAGGGUUAUUUGGGCGAUUGACAUAGGAGACUUGCGCUUGACGUGGGAGGCGGGAGGCUAAGAGAGACACGAGGAGAUACGAGGAAGUUCGGACGGUUCUAGUGGACAUUUCGCAUGCUUUGUAGGGGAGGUCCGGAGGUUUGAGAGGUGUAAGAAGGCGUCGUGGGCCGUGUUUUUCAUUUUCCUUUCUUUUCUUCU